AUGUCUUACCUUCCGCCAGAAAUUCUGGAGAAUAUAUUUCAUCAUACGAAUAUCUCAACUUUACAUUCGUGUAUUUUGGUCAAUAGAGCAUGGUGCCGAGUGGCGAUUUACAUUCUUUGGAGUCAACCUUUUAAACAUGCGUGGAAGUUUAAGGAAAAAGACACAUACAAAAUUUUAACUAAAUCAACGAAGUUGUUGCUUUGUUAUUCAAGGUUUUUUCAUUCUAGCGAGAGAUCCGCUCUGGGGGCUUGGUACAUCGAUUUUCCGAGUUCCAAUGUCGACGUAACACCACUAUUUGAAUAUCCGUACUUUCUAAGGAAGUUGAACUAUGUUACUUUUAUAUUUUCCAUCGAAAGGUUAAUCAAGCAUAACCUUUCGGCCUUUCUAACAAAAAAGUAUAAAGAAAAAUGGAGGGAAUUGGAGUUUCCUGUCUCGACUUAUUUAAAUUCUAAAUUUUUUAAUCCCGAUACUCGUUCACAAAUGAAAUCAAAGAGCAGCACAUUCUUUAACAACAAGGAUGGCACAAAGAUACAUAGCACAAGGAAAAACAAAUACAGGCGGAUGGUGAAAGUCCAGACUGCCAUGCUCGGUCAAUAUUUUCUGAGACUAUUUAUCAGGAAGGGAUCGGUGUUAACCAAGUUGAAGCUGGUUUGUCCCGAGGAUUAUAUUGAGGAUUGGCAACAAACUUGUAAAUAUGCUGCGUUAAUGGAUUCUACCGACAUUUUGAUGUACCUGGGAACCAUAAAGAAGUUGGAAGUUGGCGAUUUGGCCCAUAAUCUUAAGCAGUCUAAGCUGUUGGGCGAAUUGGCCAUAACCUGCAAUAAUUUAAAACGUCUUGGCGUUACAUUCUACCGAACCACCGCUCGAAAGAAGCACAUUCCAGACAAGGACCUUGCUUCAUUAAUAUUAUCCCAGAAUUCUCUAUUGCACUUUCGGUACAGAGGCAUCGCCGAAAAAUUAGCAAUGUACUCUUUAACAACUCAAAUUAUGUUCUUGAAGCGUAUUGAAUUUGAGGAUGCUGAUUUUAGGGGCGACAACUCCAUAUUUUACUGGAUUGCUCAAUGUGAGGUGCUAGAAUGUUUAACAUUUGGUCUGCGUAGAUAUGUUGAUAGAGAUAUGUUGGCGCCAUUGUUUAAGAAUAACGUGUUACCAAAAUUGAAAGAGGUAAAGUUGGGAAGAGGGGCCAGAGGUCGUUUUUAUUGUGAUGAACUUGAAGAGUGGCUUUGGUCAAGAAAAUUCAAAAAAUGCAGCUCUUAUCUGAAACGUGAAAACAUUGGCUGGGUUUGUAUCUAUAGGGCCUCGGGCGAAUAA